UGCACAGCAAGGGCCCGCUGCCCACCUUCGGGCUGUGCAGCCAUGUUCUGGGCGCUCUGACCCCACGGAAGUCCAUGGGGAGCCCCAGAUGGGCAGCUUCGCUCCUGCUUCUCCUCCUGCUCCUCAUUGGCCUCUCUGCCUCGGCCGGAAUUGGCUGCCCCUACCUGCCCCGCUGGAGCACCCACUGUCUGCUGGCCUCCCACAUGGUAAGGAAGACACUCUCACUGGAAGGUUUGCCCAUAUUCCUUGCCAUACCCAGUUGGCCUUUCCUGUGUCCCUAAAGCCUUGGUGUGCUCAGCUCUGGCUCUGCCCCUAUCUGUGCCUGCAUCUGGUGUCAGAUCCUUCAGGCCUCCGGGAGGGCUGGUUCCACCUCCUGGUGCAGAAAUACAAAAAGUCCUAUAAGUUCCGGUUCUGUAGGAGACACAACAUGCCAACAUCUGCUCAGAGGAAGCUGCUGAGUAGCUGUUGCCUGUCUGAGAAGGGUCAUCACAUCGCUGUCUCCUCCCCAGACAUCUCUCACAAGGGGUUGCGCUCUAAAAGGACCCAACCUUCAGAUCUAAAGGCAUUGGAAGGUCUCCCCAGACCCAGCUCACAAAGGCAUGAAGGGCCCGAGUUCUCCUUUGAUUUGCUGCCUGAGGCACGGGCUAUUCAAGUGACCAUUCCUCCGGGACCUGAGGUCAGCGUGCGUCUUUGUCACCAGUGGGUACUAGAAUGUGAGGAGCUGAGCAGUCCCUUCGACUCCCAGAAAAUUGUGUCUGGGGGCCAUGCCGUAGAACUGCCUUAUGAAUUCCUUCUGCCCUGUCUAUGCAUAGAGGCAUCCUACCUGCAAGAGGACACCAUGAGGCGCAAAAAAUGUCCCUUCCGGAACUGGCCUGAAGCCUAUGGCUCGGACUUCUGGAAGUCAGUGCACUUUACUGACUACAGCCAGCACAGUCAGAUGGUCAUGGCCCUGACCCUCCGCUGCCCGCUGAAGCUGGAGGCCUCCCUCUGCCAGAGGCAGGGCUGGCACACCAUCUGCGAAGACCUCCCCAAUGCCACGGCUCAAGAGUCAGAGGGGUGGUAUGUCUUGGAGGGCGUAGACCUGCACCCCCAGCUCUGCUUCAAGUUCUCGUUUGGAAAUAGCAGCCAUGUUGAAUGCCCCCACCGGACUGGUGAGCCGUUAACCCCAUCCUGGAAUGUUAGCAUGGAUACCCAGGCCCAGCAGCUGGUCCUUCACUUCUCCUCAAGGAUUCACGCCACCUUCAGUGCUGCCUGGAGCCAACCAAGCUUGGGGCAGGACAGCUUGGUGCACCCUGUGUACAGCAUCAGCCAGACUCAGGGCUCAAGCCCAGUGACACUAGAUCUCAUCAUUCCCUUCCUGAAGCCAGGGAGCUGUGUCCUGGUGUGGAGGUCAGAUGUUCAGUUUUCCUGGAAGCACCUCUUGUGUCCAGAUGUCUCUCAUAGACAUCUGGGGCUCUUGAUCCUGGCAGUGCUGGCCCUCGCCACCCUGUUGGGCAUUGUUCUGGUCUUCACCCGCCGGCGCCCACUGUCAGGCCCUGGCCGAGCGCGGCCGGUGUUGCUCCUGCACGUGGCGGACUCGGAGGCGCAGCGGCGCCUGGUGGGAGCACUGGCUGAACUGCUGCGGGCGGCGCUGGGCGGCGGGCGCGACGUGAUCGUGGACCUGUGGGAGGGGACGCGCGUGGCGCGCGUGGGCCCGCUGCCGUGGCUGUGGGCGGCGCGGGCGCGCGUGGCGCGGGAGCGGGGCACCGUGCUGCUUCUGUGGAGCAGUGCCGGCCCCAGUCCAGCCCGCGCCCGGGAUCCCCACUCGGCGCCCCUGCGCGCCCUGCUCCGCGCCGCCCCGCGCCCCCUGCUACUGCUGGCUUACUUCAGUCGCCUCUGUGCCAAGGGCGACAUUCCCCCGCCACUGCGCGCCCUGCCCCGCUACCGCCUGCUGCGCGACCUGCCACGCCUGCUGCGGGCGCUAGACGCACGGCCUUCCGCCGAAGCCACCAGCCGAGGCCGCCUCGGGGAUCGGCCUUGCCUGCGGGGUCGCCUGGAGCUGUGCCACCGGCUGGAACGCGAGGCCGCCAAAUUUUGCCCACCGAGGCUGAGCAGAGGCAGGCGUAGGGAGCUCCUGUCCCAUAAAGGGUCACUGAGUCCCAGGGCAGAUGUGUGAAGGGACCGGGGGUGCCCUGUAUGAGGGAACCUAAUGGGCACCAAAAUCCCGGAUUCAUGGUGGCAGUGGAAAUGCCCCAGCAUUGCCCAGGCCCUCUUCCUUAGGGACUCCCAAGGUGAGUAAGAGCUCCCUCACUCAGCUGUGAUGCCGCCACCCUCUUCGGGGGCCCCUCCCAGCCAGGUGUCAGCGGAGAAGGAGGAGGAGGAGAGGGAAAGGAGAGGAGGCCACCACCCCAGUCCAAGGCUGCUGGCUCCCAG